UGUCGCCCGCAGGAGGAGCUGCCGCUGCCCCUGGAGCACUUUCUGCAGAGGAUGGCCCGGAGACCCCGGCCCCAGCAGUUCUUCGGCCUGAUGGGCAAGCGGGAUGCCGGAUAUGGCCAGAUCUCUCACAAAAGGCAUAAAACAGACUCCUUUGUUGGACUUAUGGGCAAAAGAUCUCUAAAUUCUGGGUCCUCUGAAGGAAGCAUAGCACAGAAUUACGAACGGAGGCGUAAAUGAGACAUUCCCGUGCAUUAUUUAUUAAACUUCAUUUGUUCUGAUAGCCAAUGCAGUGUAAUAUAAACUAACCACUGUAUGGAAUAAUUAUUUAUUUAGUAACUGAUGGGGUUUGGGGUUUUUUUUUGAGUUGUACAUUCAAUAAAAUUAUUAUUUUUCAUAUUGUGGCAGUGAUACAUGUUGUGUAGGUGUGUUGUGGUUCUGAAAGGACCAGCAACCCUGGUGAUGUCUCACAACAAAGCACAUCGUUUGAUAUGACCCAUAAAGUUUUGUUUACUAAACAAAGCAAAUAUUCUUUUGUUCAUUGAAAGUGAGUCUAUCAGCUUCACAGCCAGUGCAGAACAGAGCUGAUGUUCAGUCUAGUGCCUCAAUUUGUUUUCAUGGUUUAUAAUGUACUGUAAUUUCUGUAUCAAAAAUAUAUUUGUAUCAUUGCAGCAUGUUUUAUGUUCUGUGGCUACGUAUCUAUAUAUAUUUUGAAAAGGGGGGUGGGUAAGGUUUGAACGGGAAUUCAAGGUCUUAAUUUCAUAGUUUGGAAUUUUAUGAUAGUAACAUUUUAAAUAAAAACUACUCUGGGGCUUUUGCAACA